CCCACUUCCCACUUCCCACUUCCCACUUCCGUUUCUCUUUUCCUCUCCCCCUGGAGGGAAUCAAUCAAAGCUACGAAGAGAAUCGGAGCGUUUGGGAACACUAGAUCUGAUUGCUCUGAGGUAGCACAUCUAAAGUAGGAUUGAAAAUCCUAGCAUUAUGAAACUCCCAUCUGAUUAACAUUUUAUUUCUAAGUAAGUAAGUGUUUGUUUUAUUACAAAUACAAUCCAACUUCCAAUCUGUUCACUGUCAUGAAAUUUAAUGUUAAAUUGUUAAUACAAGAACUUCUUUUUCCUUUUUUAUGGCCCUAGCAUCCAUCUUUGUCUUCCAUGACUUGCUAUACCAUAAAAGCUUAUGGUCUUUUUCCUUGGUGAAGAAGGUUAACCGUAUGCAACAUGAACUGGUUAAUUCAUGCAUGCUAAUACUUAUCUAAGUUUGUUUUUGGACUUUCACAUUCUAUAGCAUCUACAAUUAUAUGGCAUCUAUUCUUCAGUUCUCUUUUGGGUCAUGUUGCAAUUUUCUUGUGGUGAUAGCAGAAUUUUCUUUUUAGCAAAACAUGGAAGUUAUUUUUCUGUGGUUGGUAUUUCCUGGGUGACAUUAUUGUCUCAGCUCUUAAUGAGAAUUUGUUUCAGUUUUAUGAAUUCUACAAUAUCAUAGCAAAAGGUGCCUCAAUUGAUUAUUAGAGAAUGCCGGAUGAUAUGUCAAGCUUUUGGGGUCCAGUCACAUCUGCUGACUGGUGUGAGAAAAACUAUGUUUAUUCAUCUUAUAUCGCUGAGUUCUUCAACACGAUAUCAAACAUCCCGGGCAUUCUUUUGGCACUAAUUGGUCUGAUAAAUGCCUUGAGGCAACGGUUUGAGAAGAGGUUUAGCAUCCUUCACGUAUCUAAUAUGACACUUGCCAUUGGGAGCAUGCUAUACCAUGCCACACUACAACGCAUGCAACAGCAAGGGGAUGAAACACCAAUGGUAUGGGAAAUGCUCCUAUACAUCUACAUCCUCUACUCACCUGAUUGGCACUAUCGCAGUACAAUGCCCACCUUCCUGUUCUUUUACGGGGCUGGAUUUGCAGUGGUACAUGCAGUGGUUCGCUUUGGAAUUGGCUUCAAAAUACAUUACAUUGUUCUUUCUCUUCUAUGCAUCCCUAGGAUGUACAAGUACUACAUCCACACAACUGAUGUCUCCGCAAAGCGGCUUGCAAAGCUAUAUCUGGUGACCAUAUCCCUGGGGAGUUUGUGUUGGCUUUUUGACCGCUUCCUUUGUGAGGAUAUAUCUCGCUGGUACUUCAAUCCUCAAGGUCAUGCUUUGUGGCACGUUUUUAUGGGUUUCAAUUCAUACUUUGCAAACACAUUCCUGAUGUUUUGUCGCGCUCAGCAGCGAGGAUGGAAUCCAAAAGUUGCACACUUCCUGGGCUUUUUCCCUUAUGUCAAGAUUCACAAACCAAAGAGCCAGUGAAAGAGCCUAAAGUAGUAAAGUGUACUCUCUCUCUCUCUCUCUAUCUCUCUCAUAUUUUGGCAGGUCAGACGCCUGGCAAUCACAUUCUUUUUUGCCUUGAUUUUUAAAUGGAUGUAAAUGAUAAUUUGGUUAUUAUUAUUAUUUUUUACCAUAACACUAGUAAGGUUUUUUUUUCUUUUUCUUUUUUUUUUUAAGAAAAAGAAAAAGAAAAU